GGGGAAGGGUAAGGAGAGGGAGCAAGGAAAAUGAAGACUAUACUUUCGUCAGAGACAAUGGAUAUCCCCGAUGGGGUUAACAUCAAAGUGAAGGCCAAGAUGAUCGAGGUUGAAGGCCCCAGGGGUAAGCUCACCCGCAACUUCAAGCACCUCAACCUCGACUUCCAUCUCAUCAAAGACGACGAAACCGGCAAGCGCAAGCUCCGGAUUGAAGCUUGGUUCGGCUCCAGGAAGACUAGCGCCGCCAUCCGCACCGCUCUUAGCCACGUUGAGAAUCUCAUCACCGGCGUCACCAAGGGCUACCGUUACAAGAUGCGAUUCGUUUACGCUCACUUUCCAAUCAACGCUUCCAUCACUAACGGCAGCAAAUCCAUCGAGAUCCGAAACUUCCUUGGCGAGAAGAAGGUCCGAAAGGUGGAUAUGUUGGAAGGGGUAUCCAUUGUUCGAUCUGAGAAGGUUAAGGAUGAAAUUGUUUUGGAUGGUAAUGAUAUUGAACUUGUAUCACGCUCAGCAGCUUUGAUAAACCAGAAAUGCCAUGUGAAGAACAAGGAUAUUAGAAAGUUCCUUGAUGGUAUCUAUGUUAGUGAGAAGGGAAGGAUAGCUGAAGAAGAAUGAUCGGUAUCUCUUGUUCCAUAAUUAUAGUGCUCUUUUGCUGUCUUUGUCCUUAUUAGGGUAUUAAUCUUGAUUAUAAGGAUUAUCUUCAUGUGUUGUCUGGAAAAUUUUGAAAAUCUGUUUGACCGUUUAAUAUUUCGAUUGUGUUUUGUGACAUUAAACUUUGCUAUCCGCUAUAACUUGGAAAGCGAUUUUUUUGGGAAA